GUUGCUCCAUGUGUUUCCCAACUGGGUCCUACUCGGAGAGGGAGGCUGACAGUGGAACGUAGUUCGAGAGACACCUUUUGGCACUUAACUCGGCCUUUUUUUUUUUUUUUUAAUAAAAAAACAUUUUAUUUUUUUUAGUUUUACAAUGUCUUGCGGUCAUUCCCUGGACGGGAGCUUCCCACCUUCCCCGGCCGAGGACGGCGGCGGCUCCAAGCGUCUGUCCUGGGGCAGCCUGCUGCAGAGGAUCGCCGAGCUCAAGGUGCUCAAUCACAGGCAGUGCAACGACAGUGACACCGGUUCCGUAGCAGAUUCAGAGAGCAGCUUCUUCUGUUACCCCUCCGAGGAGACCCUGGCCGCAGAGCUGGUGGCCACCAUAGAAGAAUCCCUCCACGGGGCAGCGCACCUCCUGGGUUGCUCCCGUCUCCUCGUACCCGACUCCCUUCUGGACCACGUAGGCCAGGAGCUGGUCCACUUGGCGGUCAGCGAGCCGUGCGGCCUGCGGGGAGCGCUCAUCGACCUGUGCGUGGACAGGGGCGAGCUGGGCUCCCCGUGCAGCGUGGACGAGAUCGCCGUGGACUCUGCCCUGGUGCCCACCUUCCACGUGACCCUUGUGCUGAGGGCCGAGUCGGGCGGACUGUGGCCCAAGGUCCGGAGGCUCUUUAAAAGUAGCCGGUCCGAGCAGACGUGCGAGACACCUACGAGGCAACAACACUCUCUAAGACUGAGUUCCGGCUUCAGGGCCAUGAAGAGGAAGUUGUACUGUUCGGGUGAGCUGCUUAUUGAAGAGUGCUCCUGAACCAAACACUCCUUGACUAAAAAGUCAAAUGAACAAGUGACACUAAGUGCACAAUGCCUAAAAUAACUUGUACUUCGACAGCAGCUUCUCACCUGGUUGCAGGGUGAUUAUUAUUUUUUUUUUUAAAUUUCAGAUUAGUUUUAAAGUCACUCAAAAGGACUAGUUUGGUACUUGAUUGUCAACUGUUACAUGCUUUUGUACUGAAGACAAAUAAAUUAUUUUCGAUGAA